AUGAAGUCGGUAGCCCUUGGCAAAGGGUCUAGACUUGUGCAUCAAGGAAGUCAAGAUGAAGGGCAGGCUCCUUCAUCAAAUCAGAAGAAUGACGAUCCUGUCCAAACCACUACGGAAAACCAAGGUAUAGUUGAAAUGAGCUCUCCAAGCUCAAAGUCUGUUAGCAGUCCCAACAAGAUAAAUACAUUACGAUUCAUGUUUCGAAAGAAUGAUUCUACUGUCUCAAGUGAUAGCAUGAGUGAUAAUCUUAAGAAAAAGAAUCCCUCGCUCACUAGUCUUCCAUUCUCUACUAACUCAGGUGGAAGCGAAACGUCUCCUUCAAGAAAGCAUAAGUCAAUUUCAGGUAAUCUAGCUAACGUACUAGGUGCCAACUUUGCAUGGUCAAAAUCGUCCUUAUCAAGUGCUCAAAAAUCCACUGAUAACAUAAAUGCUAUCAGCACCUCAACACUGCAAUCGAAAAGGGUAGGGAUAGAAGCAUUUGCUGAUACCUCAUCGGAAAACGAGGUAUCGAAGUCUUCGAAUUCAGAAGAAUAUGACGAAGAAUCUAUAAGUUCAAUUCUUGAAGAAUAUGGCAUCAGAUCUUCGGUGAAUGUAGGUUCGCAGAGGGCCGACUUCAUAUUCCUUGAAAAUUUCGAUGAUUCCUCAAGUACGGCUAACCCUGAUAGAUCUCAAACUACUGAAAGGACAUCUAAUAGAUUUUCAAGAUCGUCUUCUCUUAGGUCAAAGCCACCUCUUGAGCGUAAUAUUAACGUUGGCAGAAGUGCUAUUAGGGCUUCAAGUUCAUCAUCUAAUAGUGAGUACUUUGAUUCCAGGAGUGAACUGAAUUUAAGAACUUCUGAUAAGCAAGAAGAGAAAGAGAGAAAGCAUAGUCCUUCAAUUCCAACGCAAGAAUCAUCUAAUUUACAAAACCGAAGUCAUUCUAAUCCAUUUAGAGAGCUUGGUACUAAGGGGACUGUUCCUGGAGUCAUCGGGAACCCUUUAAACGUCGGUAUGCAAAGUGAUAGUCCUAAAGAAGAAAGAUAUCCUGAACCUGAUUUGGUUGAUAUAAAUACACCUCUUCCUGAUGUCAAUUCUGGAGUAACAAAUAAAGACCUGUUGGAUGCAACUAGUAAUCUGAUUUCCCAACCAGAGCAGAAGCCAAAUACUUUCAAGACAUCAAUUAGGUGGUCACAAAUUAUUCCUGAAGAAACUAUCAAAAAUAAACGUAUUUCAGACAGAUCUUCACUAUCAUCAGGGGAACUAUUGAGUAGACUAGAACAGUAUGACGAAUCAUCUAAACGGCAGUCAGAGGUAAGCGCUUCUGAUUCAUUUAAACAUGCGACUAUCAAUCUUACGGCUGGACUCGACUCAAACACUGAAUUGCCGAUUAUGUUGUAUAAGGUUCAGGAAAAGGGGUAUGAUGAAAGUAACAAGAGAUGGUCUGUUUAUGAGAGUAACAGAGGCUCCGAUUUGCGAAACGAUACACUGCAGAUUGGGUCAAGAUCUCUUUUGCCCAUGCGAACAGCCAGUGGAACCAACUCAUCCGACUCUUCUAGUGCUACUAAUUCAAGAUCCAAAACGGGCCCUUCGAAUAAAGUGGAUACCGGAAAGGAAGUCACUACUCAAAGAAGCUCAUCGCCCCCAAAUUACAAGCAUCCCUCUCCUUCAAUCCCUAUGCCCAUUCCUUCUAAUAUGUUGCUGGAUACGUUAGCGAAACGCACUUCUCAUGAACGUAUGUUUGACACUGAUAACACUAAUAAUAAUUACAAUGAUACCACCAUCAUCUCCGAUGGAGCAAACAAUCUUCUGAUAUCUCAAGACGAUUUGAAUUCCUCCCAUUCAUAUGAACUACAAUAUAACUACGACCAGGAAAAAUGGAUACAAGCUACUUCACUAAAAGUAAUCUAUUCCAACGUUAAUUUUGCAUUGAUGAUGCUCUUGGGACUCUUAGUGCCUCCAAUAUACUUUUUGGUUCCUGUUGGCGCGUUCGACAGCACCAACGCAGGGCGUCACCAUCACUUUCCGCUGUCUCAGCUGGGAAAUCAAGGUCAUCUUAUCCCUGUGGGCCUGAAACGAUACUCUAAGAAUCAAAAACUAUUAAGCUUUGCAUUAGGAAUAAUAUGGCUUACUAUUAUUUUAGCCAUGAUAGGUGUGGGUAUAGGCGUUGGAGUCACUAGAGAAUCAAGAUAA